AUGUGCGGUCGUACUAGCGGUAUUUGUGGUCGUACUAGUGGUAUUUGUGGUCGUACUAGUAGUAUUUGUGGUCGUACUAUUGGUAUGUGCGGUCGUACUAGCGGCAUUUGUGGUCGUACUAGAGGUAUUUGUGGUCGUACUAGUGGUAUUUGUGGUCGUACUAAUGGUAUUUGUGGUCGUACUAGUGGUAUGUGUGGCCGAACUAGUGGUAUGUGUGGUCGUACUGGUGGUAUUUGUGGUCGUACUAUUAGUAUUUGUGGUCGUACUAGCGGCAUUUGUGGUCGUACUAGAGGUAUUUGUGGUCGUACUAGUGGUAUUUGUGGUCGUACUAAUGGUAUUUGUGGUCGUACUAGUGGUAUGUGUGGCCGAACUAGUGGUAUGUGUGGUCGUAAUGGUGGUAUUUGUGGUCGUACUAGUAGUAUUUGUGGUCGUACUAGUGGUAUUUGUGGUCGUACUAGAGGUAUUUGUGGUCGUACUAGAGGUAUUUGUGGUCGUACUAGAGGUAUUUGUGGUCGUACUAGUGGUAUUUGUGGUCGUACUGGUGGUAUGUGUGGUCGUACUGGUGGUAUUUGUGGUCGUACUAGUAUUUGUGGUCGUACUAGUAGUAUUUGUGGUCGUAUUAGUAGUAUUUGUGGUCGUACUAGUAGUAUUUGUGGUCAUACUAGUGGUAUUUGUGGUCGUACUAGUAGUAUUUGUG